AGGAACAUGUGAACAGUGCAGAGAAAAUGAGCUGAAUUGGUUUCUAACCACACCCCACAAAUAUGAAGACAGCGAGCUUCAGUCAGGAUGGUUGUUCUUCUGGCUGGAGUACGGUGGGAUGAGGAGACAGCGUGAGGAUUUUCUUUAAUAUAUUGAUCUAUAAACACACACAAGAACAUGAUCUGUAUUAUCAGAGACACAGAUCUAAUGUGUGUAUGAAAGUUCUAAAAAAAGAACAACGAAAAGCUACAAAGAGCGCAAUAGAAGAGCGUACAGUCUGCUGGAGGCUUUAAAAUAAACGAGAAACCCAAUCUUCAUGAUAAACAACAUGAAUAAGCAAGAAGGAUAUCCAAAAGUAAGAAACAUCUACUGAAGAUUUUCAUAAUCAGGAACAAAAACUUGACUUUCAUCUGAAAUAACAAUAAAUCCGGCAGUUCAAGUCAAGGAGAAACUCAGCCUGGAAGGUGCUUAAGGGAAAAUAGACUCCCGUUCUUCAUCUACUCCACAAGGUUAACACCACCAUCUGAGAGAUAUCCAGUCAAGGAGCCGGUAAUAUUAUGUCUUUAACUAAACAAAUCUUCUCGGGGGCCUGCAUCCUGGCCUUCUUCAUCACACUAUACUAUAAGAUCUAUGUAGAGAAGAGAGACCAGAACAUCAUCAUUUUCCUGAAGGAACUCAAUAAAAGUGACAUAGCCAAGGACACCAUCACACCUCUCAAAGGUAACAAGACCUUCAUCAUUGCUCCUUACUACGACAACCGGGAAGGAAACCUAGUCCGUGUUUUAGGUAUCGUUCAUCAUAUAGAAGUAAAAAAACUCUGUUGUUAUUUUCUUUGUUGCGGGCAGAAAGAUUUGGUCCUAGCCAAUGCGGUAAUAGAUAUCCAUGAAGAUCGCUUUGGCUUUCCCUUUGGCUUAGCUGACAUAAUGUGUCCCUUGCAACCACAAUGUCAAGCGAGUUACAUUCAUAUCGCUGAGCCUUCAGACAAAGACUUUGCAUCACUUCCCAGGUUUGAAAUCCAAAAUCGUGAACGGGAACAGUUUUCCGCAAACUUCACGGUCUGCAUCUCCACCAUGUUUGGAAAUUACAGCAAUGCUCUACAGUUUAUCCAGACCAUUGAGAUGUAUAAAUUACUUGGAGCGCAAAGGGUUACAAUCUAUGGCAAAAACUGCAGCCGGCUGAUGGAGCAAAUAUUGGACUACUACAGCAAGGAAGGUACGGUGGAAAUUGUGCCAUGGCCCAUUCAACAGUACUUACGGGCAUCUAGUAAGUGGCGCUUUGAAAACAUAAAUGAUGGAGACAUUGGCUACUAUGGGCAACUAUCAUCGCUGAAUGACUGCCUUUAUAGGAAUAUGUACAGGAGUAAGUAUGUGCUACUCAAUGACCUAGAUGAGAUCAUUUUACCCUUUAAGCACAUGACAUGGGACAGCAUGAUGGAAAGCCUUCAACGAGAAAACCCGGAUGUGAAUGUUUUUCUGUUUGAAAGCCAUAAUUUCCCACAAUCUGUCGUCACCAAUGGGAAUUUUCCCGAUAUAUCAUCAUGGAAAGAUGUCCCGGGUUUUAACUUACUAAAUCACAUCCAUAGAGAACCUGACAGACCCAACAUAUUCAAUGCUCGGAAGAUGAUCGUAAACCCAAGAAAAGUUAUCCAGACUUCUGUUCACUCUGUCUUAAAAAGUCUUGGCGGGAUUCAUUAUGUCCCCCUCAAGACUGGCCUUGUCCAUCACUGCAAAUGGCCUCAUCAACCAGACCUCAAGUCACAACUGAUCGAUGACAGGACAAUAUGGAAAUUCAACGUUUCAUUGAUAAGGAACGUUAACCGAGUGCUAAACCAAAUACAGUGAAACCUCUGAGACGACCAACCAACGUUGCACAAGUCUGUGAAUAGAAUAAACAUGGGAAGGGCGCUCCUAAUCUAAAUCAGUUAAUGGAGAGAGAGUCACAUCAAGAUAAUACCCUAUUACCUAUAUCUGUUGCGCUGAGGGCACAACACCUGUAUUGACACGUAGACUUACUUAGAGGAGGACAGCUCUCCGAACCUGGAGUCUGCAGACAUUGACCGUUUGCCAUGUGUCUGCUCCUGAAGACGGUGACGAGUCACCGAAACAUGUAGAGGGGGCAAAUCUGUUCAUUUUAAAUGUGUCAUUGAUAGUUCCUAAUAUAAGUGAUUGAUAUAACAGUGGAAGAGCCUGUAGGCCCCACUUUAUAAGGUGGCAAAGCCAGUGGCUCCACCAAGGAUGAAUGCAGGUCUUAGUGGUAGAGCACAUAUCCCACCCAAGUGAUUGGGGGCAUUAUCUUAUACUAAUGGUGGGAGCACCUGGAAGCCAUACAACUAUGUUUACACAAUUGCACUUUAUACCUAGGCUACAGUGAUGCAAAUUUUAACAGAGUUUAUAUCACCGGGUUUAUUUUAUUACCAAUACAUUAAAAGGUAAGUUUUAGGGAAGUUCCUGCUGUUGCAGCCUUGGGAUUAUUGUGAAUUUUUUUUUCCAGACAUUGACCGGUCACAACAUGAAAUUUGUGGGGUUAAACCACCGAUAACAAAAAAGUAAAAAGAAGAAGAAUAUAUAUUGGUGCCUGUCCAAAGAAAUUGCUUGAAUAAAUAUGCAAAAUAAUUAUUAAGAUAUAUUAAAAUAUACUAAAAAUCCAUGAAAAAAUUAGUUUCUAACCCGAACAGGAUUCUUAUUUAGGUCAAAUGAAUCUGUUUACCUGAAGAACCCUGUACGGGGUAGAAACGCAUUGUUUCAUGGAUUUUAAAAUGAUACUUUAUUAUAUAAAUAAAUUAGCAUAUUUAUCCAUGCAAUUCCUUUAAACAAGCGCCAAUAUUCCGUUUUUUUUUUUCAUCGAUGGGUCUACCCCUCAAGUCAAAGAGGUGAUCUUUUAGAGGGGUUUUACUGUAUGCAAAAACAUAGCUAAAGAUGAAUCUUUUUCAAAGAAUAAAAAAUUAACAAUAACAAAAAAAAACAUAAAAAUACAUAUAAGCUGUCUUAAGGGUGUUACUUAUUCUACUCAGCUGUAGUGUCACUUUACCCGCGUGGACACACCAAAUAUGGCCGCCACCAGAGCGGUCACAACAUUAAUGCCCUGACCCAUCCCUCGCAUUUGUUGUGCCACAUCCCCAGGCAGAUUCUGAAUACAUGAAAACCUGCUACAAUCUGGGACAGAGUUAUAGAAAACUGGACUCGUGGUAGGAAGCAAAGAACUGUCCACGCUUAAUAUUUAUGAAGAUGUUAAUAUGAAAAAAGUGAAAGACUAAAGAACUUCUAUACUGCCCAUUUGUGAUCUAGUUAUUUUUUUCUGUACAUACGGAUUUGUGUACCUUUCUAUUAUAUUUAUGCAGAGUAAUGUAUUUUGGUUACAAAAGAAAAUUUUAUUUAGUUUUAAAAUGCA